UCUCUUGGUUAGCGCUUUUGCAUAAGAAGCGCCUGGCCGAUUCAUGGUUUGGCCAUUCCCUCUCCCCUCGCACCUCCCGGCUUAUUGACUAGGCCUCCAUCUCGUCCAUUCAUUAAGCGUCAUUCCCUCUUCAACUUGAUACCUCAUCCCAUAUACCUCAAUCCAUCUUAUACCCAACCAAUAUGUCCUCAGUGACCCUCCGCAUUACGUCCUUCUGGGUCGUCCUCUUUGCUAUCUCUGCACUGGCCGCAGCAUCACCAAUAGAUCCUGACCUUGCAUCGCUCAUCACAAGCAAUCUGAACUUAAAUUGCGUUCACGGCUGCCAGGCUGCUAACAGCUCGCAACAACUGAAUACGAAUUUUGCUAUGACGUCUGCAUCGAGCCCAAAUUCAUUUGUGCUCGGAGCUAUAUUGCUAGCUGGAGGCGUUCUGGUAGUAUCAUGAGGGUAUAUCGUUACGAAGCAACUUCCAGGUCGGACCUUAUGGAUGUGAUAUAUUAUACUGAGUACAGUUGAUACGUCAGUGCUGUUUCUCAUACUAGCAUGUAAUGACACGGACAAGAGACAUUGAUAGGGCUCUACUGAUGUAUCAUUGGCACAAGAACCCAUGUGCGAAAUAUUUGUUUUCUCAUCAAAAA